CGGAGAACGCAGACGCACGGAUGUCCGUCGUGCGGGCAGCUGGUAGAAUUGUUCGAGCCGACGUGGAGAGUGACCCUGCCCUGAAGAACACCACCGGCACACGCGAGAAGUAUCGCUACGCCGAUGAGUUGGACAUGAAAGUGAAGCCACCCAGAGAGACUCUACUAUCCACGUUUCCGCCGUCGUUGGUUGGGUUGUCCCAAAGCAUGACGGACAUGGCACUGUAUCGCGAGAUCAUCGCAUCAGAGACCGAACAUCCUGGAGAGCCCUGGGUAUGGCAGACCGAAGGGCUAGGCAUAUCGACCCGAAGUCAACGGACCCUGUUCCUUCUUUACAGAGUAUGGACCAUGGCUUCGAGCCGAUGGCAAGGCGGCGCGGGACGGAAUNGGCCGAACAUCCUGGAGAGCCCUGGGUAUGGCAGACCGAAGGGUGAGACGGACGGCAUCCUACCACCUCGGGCGACUUGGAGGGCGAGAACGGUGAUGGAGAAAAGAAGAAUGAGUCUGGACCGGCGACAGCCGAACGGAAUCGUCGCAUUCUAUGGCGUCGGGGGUGAGCCUGGUCUGAGUGCUGAUUACCCAGCUGGUGUAGAUGCGGAGGGCGAAGACCUUGAGAUGGGAGGGAUAGGUGCCACGGAGGCGCUUUCCGGAACCGAACCACUCCUUCACUUUCGAAACGGAAACGACUCUAUUCCUGGCGUCGAGCGGCAGCGAGGCCAAGACAUCGGCGAGGCGGAGCUAUCCGUGAUACACUUGAUCGUUUGGGCGAAGAAGUAUUAGGGGAACAGCUUCGACAAGUGG